CGCUGGGAGGGGUGGGGGAGAUAGCGGCGGCAGUGGCCCCGGCCCUCGGCGAGCCGGCAGGGAGGGAGGGAGGGUGUUGGGGGUACGGCCCCCCCACCAUUCCUACCGAUAUGGGUCCGGCUUCCCGCUCCCACCACCCCUCCAUCGGCCGGGGCUAGGACAUCCCCAAAUCCUGUCGCCCCCUUGGCACCGACACCGAGACAGAUACAGCCGCCACCACCGCUGCCGCAGCCUGGCUGGGGAGGGGGCCCGUCCCCCAGGCCCCCCGCCCCAUUGAGGUGACCAGAAUGGAGCUGUGGCCCGGGGCCUGGACGGUGCUGCUGCUGCUGCUGCUCCUCCUGCUGUCCACCCUGUGGUUCUGCAGCUCCAGUGCCAAGUAUUUCCUCAAGAUGGCCUUCUACAACGGCUGGAUCCUCUUCCUGGCCAUACUCGUGAUCCCCGUGUGUGCUGUGCGGGGGCGCAAUGUCGAGAACAUGAAGAUCUUGCGUCUGCUGCUGCUCCACAUCAAAUACCUGUACGGGAUCCGAGUGGAGGUGCGGGGGACUCACCACUUCCCUCCCACGCAGCCCUACGUCGUGGUGUCUAACCACCAGAGCUCCAUCGAUCUGCUCGGGAUGAUGGAGGUGCUGCCAGAUCGCUGUGUGCCCAUUGCCAAGCGUGAGCUGCUGUGGGCUGGCUCUGCCGGGCUGGCCUGCUGGCUGGCAGGAGUCAUCUUCAUUGACCGGAAACGCACGGGAGAUGCCAUCAGUGUCAUGUCCGAGGUGGCCCAGACCCUGCUCACACAGGAUGUGAGAGUGUGGGUUUUUCCCGAGGGAACAAGAAACCACAAUGGCUCCAUGCUGCCCUUCAAACGUGGCGCCUUCCACCUCGCAGUACAGGCCCAGGUCCCCAUCAUCCCCAUAGUCAUGUCGUCCUACCAGGACUUCUACUGCAAAAAGGAACGCCGAUUCACCUCGGGACGGUGUCAGGUGCGCGUGCUGCCCCCAGUGCCCACAGAAGGGCUGACGCCAGACGACGUCCCCGCCCUGGCGGACAGAGUCCGGCACUGCAUGCUCACCGUCUUCCGGGAGAUCUCCACCGAUGGCCUGGGUGGUGGUGACUGUGUGAAGAAGCCUGGGGGGGCGGGCGAGGCCCGGCUCUGAGCUCUUCCCCACACCGCGACCCAGGCCUGAAGCAGGGCCAGGCCUCCUUCCCGGGUCCCCGCUCUCUGCACUCCCUUUGGAAUCUCCUCCAGUGAUGGUGGCACAGCGUCACUCCGCACCCUCCCCUGCCCCACUGCGGACUCUCCUGCAUGGUGCAGGCUCCACUCCGAGCCCCACCUGCCAUCUCGUCUUGUGGGACACUUGCCUCCCCUCAUCCUUGGCUCGACCGAUACAAGGGUGGGAGACGCCCACCCCGCCCCUUCCCUGUGGUCUCUUUGCGGCCUUCUCUCCCUCUUCACCCCACACUGGACAAUGGACUCAUCUGUUCUGUGGAACAAUCCAUCCUUUCCCCCCAAGUCCACACGUGAGUGGGCACGCCUGCUACUGAGGACUCCUGACCCUGUGGCUGGAGGCUGAGCCCGAGCGCUCCUCACCGGCUCAUCUGGGGACCGUCCUCAGCACUGUCACCCUCAUCGGGUCACCCUGGUCGGGAAUGGCCCUUCUAACUCAGAUGUCUCAUCCCUGCCCAUGCCAGGGGCUGAGCACACUCCAAAUGCCAAUUUCUGCUUCCCCUGCUCCCCAGAUAGAGGUCUUCCAGCACCGUCUAACCAAAUUCUGGAGAGGCAGACAGCAGAAGCCGCGCUCUCUGCUCCCUGGGGCCUUAGGGGAAAGAACCCAACCCUGGCGAGAGGGAGAGAAGGGCGCUUAAUUUAUUUCUCUUUCUUUUGAGGUACCUCCCUCUCUGAGCCAAUUUUCAUUUCCUCCCAGUGGCAUUGGCCACCCCCUGCCUCCCACUCUAGACCCAUUCCUAAGACCCAGGAGGUAGGCUGGGGGCAGAAGGAACGGGUGGGAUCCAGUUUUGUGUGGUUGUUUUUAUUUGGAGAACAGCAAGCGACUGAGAAUAAAGAGAAAGAGAGA